AUGUGGAGUUCAUUAUGUGAGAAAGGUAUUCUUGUCCAGCCUUUGUAUCAAGAGGUUUGGGGAGAUUGCAAAGAAAUUGAGGCUGAUGACUUGAUGGAGUUAUUGGUUCAUUUUCGACUUGCUGCUGAAGUUAAAACGGAUCAAUAUUACAUUGCUAAUGUUAAGCAAUAUUUCCUACCUGCUGUACUUAAGUUGUAUGAUAUUUCAUCUCCACAGUCAAUUCCUGAUGAUCAGCCAGUUGCCCGAGCAACUAACCUUCACAUCACUUUUAGCACUGAUUUCGUUCCUCCUGGCUUCUUCACUCGUUUUAUUGCAUCAUUUGCCAAUGCCUCAGCUAAUGCUUCAUCAUACGAAAUUUGUUUUGAAGAAAAGUAUGGCGUGUUUCGAAACCGUAUCAUGUUUGGAGACCCAAAUAUCAAGAUUACUAUCACUGAUCUUAGUGAUACGAUUCAAGUUAGCGUUGAGUGCUAUGCUAGCACAUCUUUCAGUAAUACAUGCCAAGAGUUAAAAAAAUUACUAGAAAGAUGUUGCUGUGAAGUAGAUAAGUCUCUAGCUAAUCAAUGUAAUUCUUCAAAAACAAUUGAAAUAAAAAGGAAGUUUCGCUUUGAAUGUACAGCAUGUGAUAAAUGGGAGCCUCAUUACAUUAUCAGUGCUGCUUUGGGUCAAACAGCUGAUUUACUUUUUCAGUGUCAAAAAAGUAAAAUGCGACGUCGACCAACUCUUGAAGAAUCAUAUUGGUUUCCUGAAGGAGACAAGACAGCUCAAAAUGUGCCAGUGUCUAUUAGUGAACAAGAAAUGCUUAUCAUAUCACAAAGAGUUAGCGACAAAGCUGAUUCUGUGGCUGCAGGCUUGAAUAUGUUUCUGAGGUUGAAUGCAAUUCGACAAGAUCAUCACGAUAAUCCAAUGCUUUAUUUGCUUUUUGAGUGGAAUAGGGGAGGAGGACGUAGGGAAGAUUUAGUUAAAACUCUUAAGGAUGUUAACUUUCAUAAACUUGCUGAUCAAGUUCAAAACUCCAAUUACGUACAAUUGUCUAGACCUCCCAGUGUUAGCAGCACAAGUUCUCGUCAACAAACGUUUGACCCGCCUUCAGGUGCUGAGUCUUCUCCUGGCAUUGAAGGAACUGAACCAAUUGAGUUUCAAGUUACAGAAGCUACAAAAGCUGAUCAAAGCAAAAAGUUUACUAAAAUGGUCUUGGAAGUAAUAAAGGAGUAUGAAAAAAGUAAAGAACCUGAUGAUCAAGUUAUUGUUAAUCAAGGUGAGCAUGAAACACAAUCAGGAGAUCAGCAUCAAGAGCGCAGACGACAGAGAGUUGAACCUCAGCAAAGACAACAAAAGCUGAGACAACAGCAGCAAAGACAACAAGAAGUUCAAAUUCAACAAGAAAGUCAACCUCAAGAGCAUGUAAGAUGUGGUCCAUUUUAUGCAUUGUCUUUAAUACAAUUACAUCAAUAAUUAACAUGCUUAUUGACCUUUUAUUUCAGAUUAGAAGUGACAUAUUAGAUAAUGACUUGUUGCGAUCAGCUAGAUAUCUCAAGCCUGAGCAUGUCAAAAAAUUUGCUGAAGUUUAUGAUGAUGAUUCAAGAUACCUUCAUUCAGAAUUAGAAAAA